CAGGGUUAACAGGGAGUGUUUGCAGCCAGUCCCUUGUCACCAAGGAGAAGCGAUCUGCGAUCUGCGCUUGGGAAGGAAACAAAACACCCAGCAGGGCGAUUUCCUCUCCCCAGCACCACUGCAGGGCUCGGGGCACCAGCAGGACACUGCCACCACCCCGAGUGGCAGGGAGCAAGAGGCACCAGUCUUAUGGCAGAAUGUGGGGCACCCCGGGCACGGGGACACGCAGCAUCCGUCCCUACCAGUCCAGCGGGCAGUACCUGUACGCCAUGAAGGAGGACCUGGCAGAGUGGCUGAAGGAGCUCCAUGGCCUUGACAUCGAGGUGGGCACCUUCCUGGAGGUGCUGGAGACAGGGGCUGUGCUGUGCUCCCACGCCAACCACGUCACCCAGGUGGCAGGGGAGUUUGCCCAGGUGUGCCCCGAGGUGGCCAAGCACCUCCACCUGCCCUCUGCCGGUGUCACCUGCAACCUCACAGCACAGCCUGGCACCUUCCAGGCCAGGGACAACAUCUCCAACUUCAUCCAGUGGUGCAGGAAGGAGAUGGGGAUCAAAGAUGUGCUGAUGUUCGAGACAGAGGACCUGGUGCUGAGGAAGAACGAGAAGAACUUUGUGCUGUGCCUGCUGGAGCUGGCCCGCCACGCCUCGCGCUUCGGGGUGCGCGCCCCGACCCUGGUGCAGAUGGAGGAGGAGAUCGAGGAGGAGCUCCGGCAGGAGAUGGAGCUGCCUCCCCCAGAGCCCAGCCUGCCCCGGGCACCCAGGAGGGCACCACGGGACCUGCAGAACCUCGACCUGAUGGUGCAGCACCUGGUGAGCCGCUGUACCUGCCCUGUGCAGUUCCCCAUGAUCAAGAUCUCUGAAGGGAAAUACCGAGUGGGGGGCUCUGACAGCCUCAUCUUUGUGCGGAUCCUGCGGGAACACGUCAUGGUGCGGGUCGGGGGCGGCUGGGACACGCUGGAGCAUUACCUGGACAAGCACGACCCGUGUCGCUGCACGUCGCUCUCUCACAAACAAGGCCGGAAGGGCCGGAGCCCGCAGCAGCAGGUGCAGCACGAGGUGCGGCUGUGCCCGGCCGCCCGCAGCCCCCAGCCCGCCCUGCUGCUCAUCAGCCGCUCCCAGAGCCCCCUGCCCCCCGUGCCCUGGGGGGGCCGCGUCCCCCCUGCCGCCCCCUCCCCGGAGCGCUGGGGUCGCCAGACGGGGGCCAGCCCUCAAACGGAGCCGGCACAGCCCCGGAGGGUCCCCUCGGGCAGGAUGCGGGAGCCACCCGCUGUCCCUUUGGGGAGGCAGCCGCCACCAUCCCGCUCACCGGCCCGAUCCGGCUCCCCUGGGCUCGGAGCGAGGGGCCGGGCACCCACCCCGUCCCGGCUGAGCGCCCCGAACGGCGCGGGGGUGCCCAGGGCAUGGCAAGGGACCAGCCCGGGGACAUCAUCCAGCCCAGGGACAUCAUCCAGCCUGGGGACAUCCGGCCUGGGGACAUCAUCCAGCCCAGGGACAUCAUCCAUCCCGGGGACAUCAUCCGGCCAGGGGACAUCAUCCAUCCCUGUGGCACCGGCACGGGGCAGGCCCGCAGCUCCCAGCCCACGGACGGCACCGGCAGCUCCGAGGAGCGCCCAGCAAGGAGGAAAAUCAUCUGUGCCGGCUGCCAGGCCGCAGGAAACGGGGACAGCCACCGCACCCCGAGCCCCCAGUCCCCUCAAGGUCUGCACCCCCUCCUCGCUCCAGGAUGCUCCAGGAGACCCCCGGAGCCUGAAGAGCCCACGGGAAGGGAGGCAAGGAGCCCUGGGCCGGGGCCGACAGCCCUCACCCCGGAAUUGCUCCAGCCAAGCCCCGAAAUUGGACAGCAGCGUUAAACUCUCCCUCAAAGCCAGCCCGGCCCCUCGGCCCGCCACCCCUCAGGGCCGUUCUGUGGGGCAGUGCAGGGUCUGUGAUGCUGGGGACAGUCCCCAGGGGACAGGACAGAACCACCCAGCCCCGAGCACAAGGACUGGGGGCACCCAGGGACCUCGAGGGGCACAGGAUGGCCCCGAGGGGUUCAGGGCCUGCUGUGGGCACACGCAGCCCCCCGGCUAUGCCAGCGUGCUAGAGGAGCUGUCCCGCGGCCCGCAGCCCCUGCGCCCCGUGGGGAUGUGGGGACAGGUCCCCAAAACUGCCCCAGGAGCUGCCCCGGAGCUCCCGGCCCCGGGAGAGGCAGAGAGGCCGGGAAUGGGGGGCCAGACCCCGGCCCCGGGAGAGGCAGGGGGGCCGGGAAUGGGGGGCCAGACCCCCCGGGCCAGCAUCGCCACCAAGCCCCGGCGCUGCCUGAAGAAGCCCGAGCGGGUGCCCUCCAUCUACAAGCUGAAGCUGCGGCCCAAGGUGCGGCCCCGGCGGGACCACAGGCCGGGCAAGCGCCCCUCGCGCAUCCCCACCCCGCUGGGGCAUCGGCCCCGGGGCCAGCGGCGACCCCCGGGCGCCCCCCGGGCCCCCCAGAGCGGCAGCGCCCGCCCCGAGCCCUCCCCGGGGGACAGCGGCACCUGGCUGAGCGAGGAUGAGGAGGAGGAGUCGUGGGUCUGAGCCCAGCCCGAGGCACGGACAGACGGACGGACGGACAGACCGACGGAGCCCUCCCUCCGAGGGUGGGAGCCAUGCUGAAGGUGAAGAUGGAGCAGAACCAUCCCUGGUGGGAUUGCUCCCACACAGCCCGGGGGGUUCCACCUCAUUUUCACUGCUGCACCCCAUCCUUCCCAAUGGAUUUAUUUUUCUGGUAAUCCUGCUAAACAGGCACUUUUGUACUGGAAAAAUCCAGCCCCAAAUCAAGGCUUUCUGCAGGAGGAAGGGUUUAGCCACACCUGGAGAGGGGACACCCCAUCCUUGACACCCAUAAAAAGCAUCUCACACCUCAGUGCUCCCCAUCUGCACCAGUGAGCCCCGUGUCUGACAGCUCCAAAAGCCUCCAUGAGUGCUGGGGGGUCACAGGAGGGACCCUGUGAUGGCUGUGGUCCCCUCAGGGGUGCUGGAUGUCACCAUAAUUCUCCAAAUUAGGGUCACAGCACAGGCACUGCUGCCCCCGAGCCCCCAGCAAUGCUGUUUGUGCAAUAGAAAUGUGCCAAAACUCCAUUUCCACUUCUUUUCUGUGUGGGUGUGGAGGGAGGAAGGAUAAUCCUGAUGUGGGCACAGCAAUCGUCCCCCUGAGAGCCCCACAAUGCCCAGGAGAGUCUCAUUUUCCACAAGAGGAUGGAGCCAGCCCCACUUCCCUGCAGAGGAGCUGC